AAAUUGAAAAAAUAUGUUUUUAACUCUAUACUUACAUGAGAAUAGCUGCUUAAUACAUGCUAAAAAUCGUGAUGUUUAUUUUGGUGUGCACAAUGAGACGGUUAUCAAAUGUGGUUCUGUUAUGUCUCGUAUUCUGCGUGUGUGUGUGUGUGUGUUUAGGGGGCAGGGGACGGCACGUGUCGUGUCUGUGCCGUGGGUGCCUUGUGGGGAUGUCCCGUGACCCUCAUCUGCAGCUCCCCCGGGACUCCUCUUAGCUCCUCCUGGGAUGCAAAUGAAGCUCCAUGAAAGAGUGUGACACACAGCCACCGAGACGAUGGAGGAGCCGAAAGAAGAAUGAGACCGUGGGGAGAAAGUGCAGGAGAAGGAGCUAAAAAAAAACCAUCAUGCGUAAACACACAGAGCUUUGAAGUCACCACAUGGCAAGUCCCCUGGUGUGAUCCCUCUGUCCAUUUGGCUACAGGACUCAUGAUGACGGAACACACAUGUCCAGCUACAGUGUCCUUUGCAGCGACAGAGUCUCAGAUAAACAUGCUGUCUCUGGGAAUACCACCGUGGAGCCUUUUCCAGAUGGCAUGGAGACCAUCAUGUUUGGUAUGGGCUGUUUUUGGGGCCCCGAAAAACUGUUCUGGCAGCUUCCUGGAGUCUUUUCCACACAAGUGGGCUAUGCUGGAGGCUUUACACCCAACCCCAACUACGAAGAGGUCUGCUCAGGUCUAACCGGACACACUGAGGUGGUGAGGGUGGUCUUCCCUCUGAAAGACAUCAGCCUUGAGGAGCUGCUGAAAUGGUUUUGGGAGAACCAUGACCCAACACAAGGAAUGAGGCAGCAAAUGGAUACUGGCACGCAGUAUCGCUCCGCCAUUUACACAUCCUGCCCAAAUCAACAGAAGCUGGCGUUGAAGAGCAAGCUGGCUUUCCAGCAGCAGUUGGAUAAAAAAGGAUACGGACCCAUCACUACAGAAAUUCGAGAAGGGCAGCAGUUUUAUUACGCGGAAGACCGUCACCAGCAGUACCUGAAGAAGGUCCCGAAAGGUUCCUGCAAACCUAAACGGACGGGAGCUUAUCUCGGUGACUCCUGGAAGGAUGGAGUGUAAUGGGUUUGUUGGGAAAACAAAGUCGUGGCGCGAAUAAAAAGCAACACUAAGGAUUUAGUUGAACCUCCUGUUUGAGCUUCCCCCUGAUUGCUCUGAUUUCCUCCCGCCGCUACAGAUUUAAAAUCGUGCAUGGAAAUAAAUAGGAAUGUUUUUGUCGUGUUCUGAUCAGCAAUACAACGCGUACAGUACGAGGGAACUUGAUCAUAAUAUCAGCAUUGUUCUGUGCCACUAAAUCUGGUCCAAUAAAGCAGAAGCGGUGAUACAUUUGGGAAAUGAAGUGUAUCUUACAUCACCUGUUAAUCCUCUUAAUCCUCGCAUGUUAAUCAUUUCAAGUUUUUCUGAUUCUGAUUCUCUGAGUCCAUUAAUGUUCUUAAUUUGAUUUUUCAUGUACAUUUUAAUUUAAAAUAAAAUGUUUCUAUUGUUCCCUCAUAAAAUGUAAUUAUUGUUUUUAUUAUUAGUAGUAGUAGUAUUCUCUUUUUUUUUCUUCUGAAAAUUUCAGUUUAGACUCCAUAAUUUUCCCAAAUUUCACAUCCCCAUUAAUAAAUAAAAGUUUUUUGUUUUUUUUGUUUUUUUUUUUACAUAAGAGAAUGUUGGAGCCUAAAUGCAGUUCUUUGAUUUUAGUUUAAAAAGAUUAAUACAUAAUUUAAGUUCAUUUAAAAACAGAUAAAAAUGUCUAGCGAUAAUUGAAGGGCCUGUUUGCGGGUAUUUUCCAUUCAUUUGUGUGAUUAGUUUGUCAUUUGUCAGUUGAAGGGUUUGAGGUGGAUGGCAGCGUGUGGAAGUUUUGAAUUGCUGCACACCUAAAGUCACCUUGGGGCUUGCAUAAGGGCAGUGACGCGGGCAGUCGGGAAAAAGUAAGAGUGGAGCCCCACGUUUUCUUGACCUCUCUUGUUACCUCUCUCUGGAUAACUUUUGAUACGUUGUUGUUUGGAUGCUACGGAUGCUUCGAUGCCCUUUUUUUGUAUUGGUUUUUUUUUACUGUUUGGCACCAGUAAACUGUUGAAACCUUAACAAACGUUUCUAUGUGAAUUUAUUCAACAACACAACAGGAAUAUUGAGAGCGUCAAGCCGAGCUCCAUUGUGUGGAUAACUGCAAGAACGAUCUUUGUCUUGUGUAUUUUUUAUUUCCAUGAUUACAAAUAUCAUUGGCUGCAUUGUAAUAUUGUGGUCA